UAAUGUAUUUUUAAAAACAAUACAAAAUACAUAAUUCUAAAUUGGACAUUGCUAAACAAAUUUCUUGUAAACUGUAUAAAGCAAACCUAGCUUAUUAUUAUUAAACAUUUUUACUGCAUUCCAUCACAUCAAUUGCCUAUUUUUCUACAAACAACGAAAGGAUUGAUAUCUGGCAACUCUAAGUCAUUGUCAGAACGAGAAAUAUCGGACACUUGUAGCCCUCUCACUCGGUUUCAAUUUCAUUUUGCGUGCAACGAGACUCUUACACCCUUAGCAUAAGGUUUUCUUUUCUUUACUUUAACUGCAAGAGGUACAGAUAGAACACACUCCUGUUGUACGUAGUACUUAUUUAUUACCUGCAUGAACAUUGAACAUAACAUAUCCACAUAAUUCAAAAACAUGUCAUAUAUUGAUUUUUUCUCUAAAAAUAUUAAAAAUAAAAAAUGGGACGCUGAAAGUAUCAGAGGAUCUUGUUAUGAGAUGUGUCCUCAAGUCGAAGAGAAAUUACGAGCGAAAGAGAAACUCGUGCACGUUUUGGAAGUUGUAGGCUCAACACGGCAACUGGUGAAAAGCUACAGUCGUUCAGCGGCAGACUCAAAUAUGGCGAUUCCUGGUCUCUUGAGACCAUUUCCUAUACUUAAAGAGACUACUCAGUAUUUAUUACUAAGAGUAACAAAAAGAACUGAUGUAACCCCGGCAUGUGUAUAUGACUUCAUAAAUGACAGAUUGCGAGCCAUUCGUCAAGAUAUGACAGUGCAGCGUUUAGCGCCUGAAGAAUGUGUGCAAUUGCUUGAACCUAUGAUUAGAUUCUAUGUAUAUUUUGGAUACAGAUUAUGCACCAGCCCAUUAAGUGAUUUUGAUCCUGUGUUAAAUAAGAAAUAUCUAUUGGAAUGCAUGAAAUGGUUUCUAAGCUGCUGUGAUAUGCUUGACGGAAAGUCUAGAGACUAUGAGCUGACUGAAUUAUUAUCAAAUUGGACCAUAGAUAAAGCUGAGCAUAGACUAACAUGUGACAGAGUGUUGGUGGAGAGCUUGUAUGUGUUGUGUAAUUUAGGAGAUAUGCAUCCAUUAUACAGAUAUCUAUCUUUGAGGCCAGAUAUCAAAAGGAACUCACAUUUGCAAUUGGUUUAUAAAAUGGCAGUGGCAAAUCUGCACGGGAACUUUGUGAAGUUGUGCCAGCUGUCAGAAAAGCUGUGUCCACUCACUUAUUGUGCGUUUUUGUUACAUCUACCCACUAUUCAAAGGAGAGGCGUGUCUGUGUUGAGUGUCGCGUACAGCAGCGCGCGCGGGGCGGUGCCGGCGGGCGCGGUGGCGCGCUGGCUGCGCCUGCGCAGCGCCGCCCGCGCCGCCGCGCUCUGCUCGCACCACGGCCUCGCCAUCCGACGCGACCACAACGAUCACAACGACCAUUACGAGCAUAACGGCCAUUACGAGCAAAACGACCAGGUGCACUUCAACAAGAAAGACUUCAAGGCUGAUGUUGAUCUGAUGAAACCAGAUACCCAUGUCCCAGACAAAUUAAACAUUCCAAUUCAAGAAAUUCUUACAUAUCGAACUGAUGGAAUGAUUUAGUGAGCUGCUCUCAAAUCGUAGCAUGCCAGUUUUUUACUUUUUUUUACCUUAUAGUAAGUGGCAAAAAUGUAGGCGGGUGCGAUAAUUUAAAAGAGUACUGUGCAACACUGCGUUGCUAAUGGAUUAUUCCUGCUGUUGCCAGAUUACCCUGUAUGUGGACUGUGAUCUCAGUUUUAAGUUUUAAAAAAAUGUUUAUUUUUUCAGUGUUAUACAUAUUUCGUUUGUUUUUAAUAAAGCAAGAAA